CCUCAAUAGGCACAUCAGGAAAACAAGGAACGCCGACACACGUACGCAGAAAUGAAUCCCAGCUUUGAGGACGUUCCCGUGCGGUCUCACAUGGACGACGCCCAUAUUGAAUGGAGACAUGGUAAACCUGAUUAUCACGUCAUCAAUGAACUUUAUCAGAGGGAGCGAUCAAAAACCCACAAGCCCGACUCCCUGGAGAAGACAGUGGAAAAUUUGGUGAAGACCUUUGAAAUGGAGAUUUCGCAUAAAAUGAAUCCCCAAGAAUGGAAAAGUGUCGCAUACGACGUUUUUAAAAUGCAGAUAAAUGGUGGGAAAUGCUUCAGCGCAGACGAGCUUGCAGACAUCGGUAGCUACAACGCGCUUUUGGCCGAUGCACCCCUGUACAAGGCAUCAGAAGAAACGUUUGAGUCCUCUCACAAUGAUUUUCGAGGCGCUUUUUCCGGUGGUUUUGCCUGGGAGGUGCUGGAGGUCAUCUCAGGUCCGCCUGUGGUAACGUUUACUUGGCGGCACUGGGCCAAAUGGAACGGGCCUUACAAGGGGGUGUCGCCCUCUGGCGAGAGGGUUGAAAUGAUAGGCUGUGCCAUCGCCACAGUGAAUGAAAACCUGCAGAUGGAAGAGUUGAAAGUCUACUACGAUCCCAACCCCAUUCUGGCCACCUUACUGAAGCUGAACACAGGGACAGAUGAGGGAGCCACCGGAUGCCCCUUCCACAAGAGUAUGAAGUGAAAGUGUGCUACGUGUACUUGAAGCAGGAAGUAUCACGCGAUAAGAAUUUGGCAUUGUAUAACUAUUCUACUGCCCUCUUAAUCCAUAUAAAAGUAAAGCACUGUUGAGACCAAACGAUAAGUGUGAAUAUUGAUGUAAACUUUUGAUGCUUAUGUCUUCGUUCCUGUUUGGUUCGAAAUGUUAUUCAUUGUUUCUAAAUUGAAACAAUAUUGUGAAGUAGUUGUUGUUGGCUCCUUCUAAGGCAAUAAGUCAGAGUGUGGUUUUUUUUAUUCUGUUAUUUUCAUCAUUUAUACAGAAAAGCAAAAACUCUUUUAAAGCUUAUGAAUAUUCGGAAUAUAAUACUAACCUCAGCUGUGUAUCUGAAACAAUUCUAAAUGCACCCAAAGUAAUUUGAAUAAACAAUCAGUUAUGAUUUAGACCCAGAAGAAAUGGCCUCGAUUUGAAAAAGUUAGAGAAUACAUGCAGUAUAUCUCGGACCCACAUGUAGGCUGCGCCACAAGUAAUAUAGUAAUAUAAAGUAGAUGUCUUGA